AUGGAUUCAUCAAGUUACACUGGUUUACCAAAUAAGCUCUGUCAAGGUUUAACAUCAGUAAAAUCAACAUUAACAACUGGUCAUAUUCUUGAGAAAACUGAAAAAGCAUUUAUUGAAAAAAAUGACAUGUUUCAUCAUCAUAUGGCACGCAGUGUUUUAGGUAUUCAAGCACCAUUAAAAUUAAAAACUGAGCUACAAAUAGCAAAUAAAAUUGGCCGCCUUCCAUGUUUACCAAGUUCACGUUUAAUGGCUGAUGUAUUACGUGGUACCAAUGAAGAUAUAUCAUUCGAUGAUAUAUUAAACAAUCCACGUGAAUUUGGUGAACUUCAAAUCGAUCCACAUUUAGCUAUGGACAAACGUGAUCAAUUAUUUUAA